CAGCCUUUAUAAUCCAGCCCCGUCCAACAGAGAACACCAGUGCCACCACCCGAACACCGGAGAGAACAAUCCAUUCGGUCGUAAAAACGCUGUACGGCGCGCCGCAGUUUUUAUCUUCGUCGUUUUCUUCACGUGUGCUGUGUAAACCAUGAAGACCGUGCCCGAGGGAAGUACCCACCUGCCCAGCCCCCGCUUGGAUCGGGACGUCACCGCCCAGAGACCCAACACCUUCACCAUAGACUGGAUCCUGGCACACUCCGUCCAGGGGAAAACUCCCCACACCGACGCACAAGAAACAGUUUCGGAUAGUCCUAUUUGCUUGUCCACGAGUGGCCGGGCUUCUCCAGGGCCGAGAGAGCGGGGUCUUCUCGCCCCUUCCUCAGGGGGAAACAGCAGGGCGCCGCCGACAGCCACCUGCUCGUCCCCCCGCCGACCCGUCCCCAAGGACGAUCCGGUCAAACCAGCAGGACAGAGGAGGGAAGAUCGUCGGGAAACCACGCGCUCACCCUCGCCAGUGAACCUGUCGAGCCCGACGUCCGAGGACCGGGCCGAGGCAGCGGUGUCGUCGGGCAAGAUGUGCCGGCCCCGCCGUAACAGGACCACCUUCACCACGUUCCAGAUCCACGAACUGGAGCUGGCCUACGACAGGACGCCAUACCCCGAUCUCAGCAUGCGUGAGGAACUCGCCAACAAACUGGAGCUGACGGAGGCCAGAAUUCAGGUUUGGUUCCAGAACCGCCGUGCCAAGACCCGUCGUCAGGAGAAAUCCGCCGGCUACCCGGCCGACUCCAUCAGCCCCCCGCCCGACUACUUCGGCGGCCUGUCUCCCGACCACCGCCCGUCCGCCGGCUCCCUCUCCCCGCCGCACGACCCGAUAUCCGCCCCGGAUCCACGGGAAGCCUUCCUCCGCGAGCCAGCCUACCCCCACCCCGGUCUUUGUAUCCCCACCACACGGCACAGAGGCGCACCCGGCACCCCCCACCCGUCCCUUCCCUUAUUUGCCUUGCCACGGAACCACAAAGCUUUGGCUUACCCCACAAACUACGCCUACCUCCCCUUCCCCUUCCCGGUCGCUAUAGACGCAAAGGGUAGACAGAUCUUCUCAUCGUAAAGACCUUAUAGAACAGGAGAGAUUGAAAAAUAUUCUUGUAAAUAUAACAGAUCGUGUCAAAUGCUAUUUUGUUAAAUGUUUGUGAACGUUCUUUAAAGUUUGUUGAUGAGCUUCUCUUUGUAUUUAUGGUAUUAUUUGUGAGAGGACAACCGACAAUCAUAGUUUGGGAAAGCUUAUAUCAUACUGGACAAUCAUCUAUUAAUUAGUCCUUCUGGUAAUGUCAAUGAAAGAGAAUUGCUGGACAAUCAAUUUUGAAGAGAAUUGCUACAUAUUUAUUCCAUUUGAAUGUUUAUACACUUUGUGGCUAGCUUCUUUUUGCUAUAUUAUGAAACACGACACAUUAGUCUAUAUUUCUGCACUGGAAAAAAGAAUAAACCACGUGUACUGCACUUAUAACA